AUUCCCAAGCAAUAUGGCGUCGAUGUUUACAUCGACCAGAAAGUUAUUCCAUAUAUAUGGAUUAUUCGUUCUUUAACUGAUGUCUCUACUUCAAUGAUCAACGAUCCAUAGUGUUGAAAUAUAAGCCCGACUGGGCCAUCUCAGUUAAGGCACAUUGUGUUUUUAAUAUUUUCAAUAGCCACAAAAUUUCAAAAAUGGCAGACACGGCACCACCCGUAAGAAUUGUGCCAAGUGGCAAGGUCUACAGACAAAUGUUUGAUGCUCAGGUCCAGCUAACUAGGACUUUAACAAAGCUGAAACAAGAGGAUACACAAAAGACGUUUGACAGACAGAGUACAAAUGUAGGCAUUCCACUAGUGAGACUUAAGAAAGAUGAAGUUACACAUGGACUUUUGACAGAACGACAACGUACAUGGGCAGAUGGAUUUCCAAAUGAUCCUUAUGUUGAAAAUCCAGUUUUACACAAACAGUACUCAGAAUUUGUGAAUGCCACAAUUAGGGAAUUGGAUGGAACAGCUGCUGAAAAAGAAGUCAGUGGUUUACCAGAGGAUGUUGUGCCGACUAAACAGGGAUCAGACAUUAUUGAUAGAAUUGCCUCAAGUAGAAGACAAAGACAUGAAGAGGCAGUAGAAGACAUGCACCAGGAACUCAGUGUCAUCAAUGAUAACCUUGAGCCUCGGAUCACAGAAUGCAGUGACUUUCUGCUGGAAAAACUGCAUGAUAAUGACAAAGACAUAGCGAGAAUCCUCGCCAAAAUCAGCACAGAUGAGGAUAUACUCUCCUAUAGUCUGGAUGGUCUUCGUGCCCUUUGGGAGGAAGUUCAAGGUAACUCCAAAGUUAGACAGGAAUGGAUUGAGGAACUUGACCAACAGCUGACCAAGGCAGAAGAUGAUCGUAUGGAUUUGAUUAAGGAAGUGUUCAUGAACUACUCCAAGACCCUGGAGAAGAUUGCCCACAUGAUGCCACCAGAUCUCUAUAGGUUUCUUGACCAGGAGUCACAGGUAAUAAAUCAGACAAUGCUGAGUAACAGAAGGGCAUACUCAGACCUGUAUGUAAGACUGAUGUCUACUGAUAUUGAGAGGGAACAGUCACAACACACAAUCUGGAAACGUCGCCUGGAAGAUUGGAAAAAGCUUAAAACAGACCUAUCCAUUCAGAACUUCAGAGACUUUAUGCAGAGUGAGGAUGUAGUAUCUCCCCCUGGGGUCCAGAAGGUGCUCAUGUUUAUGAAAGCGGAACAGAAGAUCCUCAACAAGAGGAGGACUGACUUAAUUGAUCAGCUAAGUGAUCUGCAGCCUCCGGCCUCCACCAAAACAGCAGUGUACCAGUGGAACAAGAACAUUGUGGCCGUCACUACAGAGAUAGACUCUGUGAAUCAGGUGCAUAUGGCCAAACUCCACGAUGAAUAUGAGCAAGUAUGUCAGAAGUGCCUGGAGAGAAUCGAUUCCAUCAAGACAAGUCUAUUGGAUGAUGGAAUUGUGACGUCUACACGGGUUCAGCAGGUGAUAGAUGAUGACCUGCUCCCCCUGGUGGGAGAGAGACAACGAGUGUUUGAACAGAAUCUUGACACUAUGGAUAAAGCGCUUGAGACUCACAACAAUUUUUCCAAUGAGAAACUAAGGUCCCUGUUUAAAUAUGCCCAAGGAUCAGCUCAUGUCUGGGAUGUCCACGAGAUUGGGCUCGCCAAACAGGAGAGGGCACUGCAGGAGAAGCUCGAAGUGUGUCGCCACCAGCACGACAAUCAGAAUCAGGAGAAGGAGGCUAACCUAGACAUUAUCAUGGAUCGGAUGAGACAGGACGCCUCCGAGACCUCACUCAGAGACAGCCUCAGCAAGGCACUGGACAAGCUUGAAAAAAUCAAGGCAGCGUAUGAGGUGUUCCACAAGGACCAGGCAUCUAUUGUCCAGCAGUACCCCAACAUGGUGAAAGAGGAGCUGACAAAUUAUGACCUGGCUGUCUGUCGGUUCUUCAUGGUUGACCGACACCCGGAUCUUGACGAACCGAAAGUCACUAUAACCGUGCUAGUCAAAGAAAAGACGGUAUCUUCUGCUACUACAGUGGUCUCGGAGGAUCGCUCUAGAAAAGGCAAGAAAACUUCACGAAAAUUCAAAGGAAAGGAUAAAUCGCUGUUGGAGAGGGAAAGCACCUUGCCAGCUGCCAUCACCGAGACAUUGUCAACAGACAAGGGCACGCUGUUCUACGUCCUGACAGUGGCAGGGGAGCAUGGCGUACCUCCAGGGUCAGAUGAAGAAGUUGUUUCCUCCCCUCGGGAGCUACUUUUCCUUACAGAGACUCCCCAGGUUUCAGAGUCUCAGCCAGAGUACAUCAGGGCUAUAGACAUCCCCGAUAAGCUUCUCCUGGAUGUCAAACGGAGGAUCAGAAUCAAUUUUCUGAACCAGCUGGAGGAGUGGACAGAGCAGGCUGUGCAGCGGUCAGAGAGUGUGGUCAUCGCUAAGUGCGAGGAGCUGAACAGUGAGCUGGACUUGAGGCUACAUCUCCACAAACCUCGUGCCAGGAGAGCAGAACUGGACGUACACAAUGUCAGAGCUGCUGAGUUGGUGAUGCAUUCUGAGCGUGUCCAGAGGCACACCAAGGGAAUACAGCAGGCACUCAAUGAGCAGCGACAGAAGUUCACCAAGAUGACACUCGAACACAAUAAACUGGCAGGAAAGUUUCGGGAGGACAUUGAGGCACUCGAGACCGUCUUUGUCAACGCCACUAAGUCAUCAAGGCUGAUUACUCUUCAGAACCAGCUUGGUGUAGAAUUGGAAAAAUUUAUGGGCGUCAUUCGUACUUCUCUUAGAGAGUUUCGUACCAAACUGGACGAGACCUUGCAGAUGUUACGGGAGUCCAAUGCUCGCUUUAUUAAGUCAUUCAAGGUUUUCUCUGAUGGAGGUAAUUUUUGUCCCGAGGAAAUCAAUGAUUACCGUAAAAAAUUGGAGAAGAUGUCUGACAAGAUAGACUCUGCUGAAGGAUCCAUCAUGUCUGACCUAGAGGGUAUGGAAUCCAAACGUCUGGAGCAGGCUACCAAGGUGGCACUGGAGUUUGAAGACAGAUUUAAGAGUCAUAUGAUUGAUCUGAUUUUCAUGGAGAAGAUAGCUCGCUGGCUGACCAAUACACAGGUCAAGAUAAAGGCCGAGGUUGCCAGUAGCAACUCUCAAGCUCAACAGCUAGCGCAACACCUCAACGAUGUGGAUCGAAGGAUUGAUGCAUGUGCACGCCCUAAUUUGGACAAGGAGCUCGCCUUGAAAGAAGUGCAAAUUACAUCAAGUCAGCUGAAUGAGUCCCUGAAGCAGGUGUUUGAAGCAUUUUUGGCAAGGAGUGCUUACCUCAAUGCCAUCAAAGAUCCCAGUCCUCGUCCUGCAUCUGCUCUCCAGGGAAACCCUGCCUUAGGUGCUAGGGUAGCCUUCCUGUCAGAAGUCCAGCCAACACCCAUCAGUAAGGCAGGCAAACAGCCACUGGAGGACCCAUCUGUGGGCGUCAUCAAAAACAUCCUCAAACAACAGAAAAGCAAGCUGAGGUUCGGUAUUGAUGCUGAAUUAGAUGGAGAGGCAAUUCAAAUGGGCCAGCAGCAGGCAGAGAUGAGGGAGAAGAUGAAAUCCUCACUCUCUACACACACACCCUCGGAGAAGUCCAAACAGACCACUCGCAAGAGCCAGCAGGUGCUCUCAGACAACGCACCUAAACGAGUACAGUCAGGGAUGGACGGCGGAAGUUUUUCGACACCAACUCACCAACGUUUGAGGAGGAGUAGCAAGUCAACCAAGUUUGACAGGAAGUACCUGAUCUUUGGGGAGAAGGAUGAGGAAGAUGAGGAGCGCCACCUACUUGGCGUCGUUAAACGAACACUUCGAGAGGCUCUGGAUGGACUCCUUACAUCAGGGGAGAUGUACUACCGCCAGAAAGGGAACCGUUUGGUGACGCGACCACAGGCUCUUCAGGAAAACUUUGACCAGUAUGCUGAGGUUAUCACACAAAAGUUGUCCUCCUACUUCACUCAGGCAGACGAGUACCACAAUCAGUGUUUACAAGAGUAUCGAGGUCAGCUGACUACCCUAGAGCACUCUGUAGCCCACAUCCCUAGUCUGGUGAUCAAGGACCUUCUUAAUGAUGAGAUCCAGAAGUGCACUUUGACCAGACAGACUCGCACUGACCAGUUCACUCAGAUCCUCAAUAAGUUGGAGAAGAGACAGAAGGAACAUGAACACCUGCUUCGUCCGAUACUAGGCCAUCCACACCAGCAGGACGGCAUGAAGAAUCUGUGUAAGAAGGAAGUGGAACGCCACACAGAUUAUGUAUCUGCUGUGGAGAAACACACAAAGGAGCUACAGGAGGUGACUGUGGAGUGUGCCAAGACAUUCCUGGAGAUAUUGGCCCGAUCGUCAGAGAACCAGCUGCUGCAGUAUGACAACCAGUUGGUGGUAGAUGACGUUGAGAGAGGACGCAUAGAUGCUAAGAAGUACCCAACAAGUGAACUGAUCCGAAGGAGAAAUGCUGGCCUCCCAUUGGAGGACAGUGAUGACAAAGACGCUCUACCACGUGGCAAGACAGUUUGGCCAGGUAUUCCCAAUAACGAGUUGGUAGUUGGAUCUCCUCCUGCUAAGAGUCAGACCACUGCAUCCGUGACUACAGCCAAGACAACAUUAGGUCACAGCUCCGUGGUUAAGGCUCGUGACGCAGCCUACCAUGACUACAAGGUCCAGUUUGCAGACACCUUACAAUCCAUCGAGGAUGAGAGGCAGAGACUUAUCCAUGCUGAAGAUCGCUGGAUGGAAAGUUGGAACAAAAAUAUUGACAAAGUCAGAGAACUGUUCUAAUUCUUGUCUUAUCCAUAAAUGAUGGCAUCUUUGCUCUUUACUUGUGCUAUUGUGCUAUGGACUUUGACUGGAAUCAUCUGAUUGUGCCUGUACCUGGUAUCUGUAGCUCUCACAGGAAUCUAAUGUAUGAAUUUAGCAACCAAGAUCUGAAAUACGAUUUUGUAAAAACAGCAUGAUUGUGUAUGGGAGAACCAUUUUAAUUGAUAUGCACUCUGUUUAGUUGAUACAAAAAUGGAGUAAUUUAGGAAUGUACAUGUAUUGUCAGAAUGUGUAGGAUUUCAGUAGGUUCAAUACUUAUGUAAUAGGAAUCUUUGAUUGGAACAUCUGUUUAAUGCCUCGAGCAAGCAAGUGUAGUUCAGAAAUGAGGAGUUUGAAUUUGUUACAUGCAAUGUUACUGUAUAAUAUUACCAGUCCAUAAUAUAGUUGAUCUAUGAACAGAGGUCACAGUUUACAAUUACCCAUCCAUAUAUUUACAAAAUUAUUUUACCAACUCCAUUGGGUUUAUCAAUAGUUUCAGAAUGGAAUUCACUCCUUUUACAGUGUGAAUAUUCUAAAGCUGGAUUUACAGGAAAACUUGUUCAUGAAAAAAGACCACAGAACCCUAAUAUAUUAGUUUGUUAUAAGCAUUAUCCAGUAUAUAAGUUAAAAUGUAAGAAAUAAAAGCACCACAGGUUUUGAAGAUAAAUUCACACUUAAUACCUUUUUGUUAUAUCCAUGUUUUGUAAACAUAUUUCAUGCUGUACACAUAAUUUGCACAAUAUUUGAUGUUUGUGGAUUAUAUUGAUACAAACUGAAAAUGCAAUAAUAUUGAUUGAGAAGCAUUCCAGGAUUUGUACAGUGAAUACAGGCGUAUCUAUUAACAUCUCCACACAGGAUGUUCUCUGAUGUACAUGUAUUCUAUGUUAUCUUUUCUAUGAAAGAUAAGUAUUUCUUUUCAUUUAUAUGAGCCAGGUUAUUAAAAGCAACAUUUCACCAUUUCUGUGUUAGUAAAAUUUUACAUAGCCUGAUGAUUGUUGAUAAAUUUUUAUGUUUUUGAAAAUUUCCCUGAAACUUAAGGUGUGCAAAUCACCACACUGCGGGAAGAUUGCUAAUAUAAUACAGCCUGUUUGUCUGAAAUCUGACCGUGAACUGUGAUAUCCUUAAAUAUAUUUCAAUUUGCCUGUACAUUUAUAUUUGUCAUUUAUUUAUGAAAUGAAAUAAAAUUCAAAGUUUAAAAGGAAAAAAUACAAGUUAAAGUGUUUUGUCUAAAAGUGACUUUUGUCAAGAGGUGGGGGCUACAUAUUUCUUUUGAUGUACUUUGCCUUGUUUCAAUUGUGCUUCAAGAAACUGUGUCACAAGGAUUUAAAUUAGACAAAAACAAAACAA